AUGGACUACGAGGCAUUGAAGGAUCAGUGGAGUGAUGUCGAGGAUCGCGACGGAAUUAGACUCAGUUGGAAUACAUUCCCAAGCACGCGCAUGGAGGCGUCCCGUCUCGUAGUACCUAUUGGAGCAAUUUACACACCUUUGAAAGAGAAACCCGAAUCUCCUCUGCUCCAAUAUGAACCGGUCACUUGCAAGCAGCCAUGUAGAGCUGUUCUUAAUCCAUUCGCCAACGUUGAUAUCCGUGCUCGUAUCUGGAUAUGCCCUUUCUGUCUCCAACGGAACCCGCUCCCCCAGCACUACAAAGACAUAACGGAAAAUGCAAUCCCCCCUGAACUUCAUCCGCAAAGCACGACAAUCGAGUACCAGCUCGCACGUCCAGCUCCGGCCCCUCCCAUUUUCCUCUUUGUGGUUGAUACCUGCCAGGAGGAAGAUAGCUUGAAAGCUGUGAAAGAUUCCCUUGUCAUGAGCCUUUCCCUCUUUACCACCAAACGCAUUGGUUGGGCUAAUUACUUAUGGCACAAUGUCCAUGAGAUCGGCUACACCGAAUGCGCCAAGUCAUAUGUAUUCAGGGGAAGCAAAGACUAUGCUGCCAAACAGGUUCAGGAGAUGCUUGGUCUCCUCGCUCCAGGUCUCCGUCCAAAUGUGCCACAACAGCUUGGCCGCCCCAGUGCCCCUAUGUCCCCAGCCGCAAGAUUUCUCCUACCAGUGCAACAGGCCGAUUUCCAGAUUACGAAUGUUCUUGAGCAAUUGCAGCGGGACCCAUGGCCAGUUGCUAACGAUAGGCGCCCAUUGCGAUGUACGGGUGUUGCGCUGAGUGUAGCGGUAGGGUUGAUGGAAACAUCAUUCCAGGGUGCUGGUGGUCGCAUUAUACUUUUCACUAGCGGCCCUGCUACUGAGGGUCCGGGUCUUGUCGUUGGACCUCAGCUUAAAGAGCCAAUGCGAUCCCAUCAUGAUAUUGACCGUGAUAAUAUUAAGUAUUACAAGAAAGCUGUGAAGUUCUAUGAAAAUCUCGCUAAGCGCGUCUCUCAUAAUGGCCACAUUGUCGAUAUCUUCGCUGGCUGCCUGGACCAAGUCGGUCUUCUUGAAAUGAAGGGCUUGGUGAAUUCAACAGGUGGCCAUAUGGUAUUAACCGAUAGCUUUACAUCCUCACAAUUCAAGCAGUCAUUCGUCAGAGUGUUUGAUAAAGAUCAAAACGAUAACCUUCUCAUGGGCUUCAAUGCCUCGCUGGAAGUGCUCACCACCAAGGAGUUGAAGGUUACUGGCCUUAUUGGCCAUGCUGUUUCGUUGAACAAGAAAUCCAACUCAGUUGGAGAAACUGAGUGUGGUAUUGGCAAUACCUGCUCUUGGAAAAUGUGUGGCAUCGACCCCACUGCCAGUUACGGGAUUUACUUCGAAAUCGCCAAUCAGGGAGGGCCGGCUCCAAUGCAACAGAGCCCUCAUAGAGCCAUGAUGCAGUUUUUGACAUAUUAUCAACAUUCGUCUGGACAGUACCAUCUUCGAGUAACCACAGUUGCGAGAACGCUCAGCAGCCCUGCGGGUGACGCUGCGCUAGCUCAAUCUUUCGACCAAGAGGCUGCUGCAGUGCUCAUGUCUCGCAUUGCAGUUUUCAAAUCCGAAGUAGAUGACGGCCCUGACGUGCUGAGAUGGGUUGACAGAAUGCUCAUCAGACUCUGCUCUCGUUUCGCGGACUACAGGAAGGAUGACCCCACCUCCUUCCGGCUGGAGAAGAACUUCACUCUCUAUCCGCAAUUUAUGUUCCAUCUGCGCCGAAGCCAGUUUUUGCAAGUUUUUAACAACUCGCCGGACGAGACUGCCUUCUACAGACACGUUCUCAAUCAUGAGGAUGUUGGCAAUUCGCUCGUCAUGAUCCAACCUACACUUGAUUCGUACUCCCUUGAGCACGAAGGCAGUCAACCAGUGUUGCUUGAUUCUGCUUCCAUUCAGCCCACCCACAUCCUUUUACUCGAUACGUUUUUCCACAUCUUAAUUUUCCAUGGUGAAACUAUGGCAGCGUGGCGGAAGGCGGGCUAUCAGGACCAAGAAGGCUAUGAGAAUUUUAAGGCUAUUCUUGACCAGCCCAAGGAAGAUGCGAGAGAACUUAUCCAAGAUCGAUUCCCGCUGCCUCGUUUCAUUAUUUGCGAUGCAGGAGGUUCUCAGGCACGUUUCUUGCUCUCCAAACUUAACCCGUCGGCCACCCACUCGACUGGUGGCUACGGUGUAGUGGCUCAGUCUGCACAAACUAUCUUUACAGAUGAUGUUUCCCUACAGACAUUCAUGGACCAUCUUAUGAAGUAA